AUGGUUGAUAAGCGCCCACCCCCAACGCCCUUCCACAUUGGGCGUUUGCACGCAUCUAAGAGCCAAUCUCAAGUAAAUGCCUUGUUCUUUUCAGAGGAUAAUGAGAGGGUCUUCUCAGGCGAUGGAAAAGGCUACGUGGCAUGCACAUCGACAAGAACAUUUCGACCGAUUGCUGUAUGGCAGGCGCAUAAAGAUACUAUAUUGGCGCUUUGCGAAUGGGAUGGGAAGAUUUUGACGCGACACACUCUCCCUUUCUUACGUCAUAUCCGCCCUAGACAUGGCCGGGACAAUAAGCUUCAUGUCUGGUCACCAAUCUCAGCGUUACCUAUAGCCGUUGCGGAGUCUGCUUCGACUCCCUCUCAGGAUUCCACUCAGCCUAAGAUAUUGUACUCUUUGGACGUUAAUUCUCUUAAUUUUUGUCGUUUUUCUCUCUUGCCACUACCGGCUUCAUUGCAGAGAGAGAACGAGGGGCUCGAGGCUCUUGUCGCCGUUCCGAACCUCGCCGAGUCUGAAUUUACGGAUGUCUGGUCUCUCCCUGGUUUGAAUCGCAUACAUGCUGCAAUCGGGAAGGAGUAUGAUUCCCUGGGGACAUUCUCAGGGAGAGCACGGGAUAUUUUAGGAAUCAUAAUGGCUCAGCACCUAUACCACGAAGAUGUCGAGAUUAAGGGGAAAUCUCAGAAGCAGCUGCGGGUGGUAUCCGCAUACGAAGAUGGCUCCGUUUCGUUGUUUGCACGAACGGAUACUUUUUUUUCGAGGUCAGUUGAGGGUCAAGGAUGGACGAGGUUAUGGAACAUUAAAGCACAUGUCGAGUCAGUGAUGGCCAUUUGUGUUUCAAGCGAUUCUUCGUUUGUUUUGACGGUUUCGGCAGACCAUCUGAUCGGUAAAAUACUCCUCACUGUGAGCUUCGCUCUUAGGACUGACACUUAUAGAACAAAACAUCCGGGAAAUGCCUGCAUCUCGCUUCGGUGCGACGAUCGAAUAUGUGCAGUCGGAGGUUGGGACGGAAAGAUUCGCCUUUACAGUGUGAAGACGUUCAAGUCAUUAGGAACAUUGUCUUACCAUCCUGAAGCCAUUCACGCGCUGUGCUUUGCACAUUCCAACUCCAACAAUCGUAUUCAGCCUGUAUCAAUGGAUGAGGAUGGUGAUGAGGAUGAUGAAUACACAAAAUCCGAUCUCGAAGCUCGGACUCGUUGGUUGGUUAGCGGAGGCAAGGAAGGGCGAAUAGCUUUCUGGAGACUUGACUCAUUUGAAAGAGGCAAACAUUAG